AUGGCUGGAAUACCACGCUACACAGCGUUCCGAGCAACACGCAGCGCUCCAGAAUCGCCAGAGAUACUCUCUCGAAUGUCGCUCGAAGAAACCCUCGCUCAGGCGAAGGGAACUAUACGUGACAUGGCUCGCGAAACGAAGGGAAACUGGAUCGGGCCAUGUCCGGUGGAGGAACUCUUCGCAGGCAUGAGUGCACGCACACAACUUGGAACUGGCUUGUCUACAAAACUUGAUACUCAGGAGACGUACUAUACGGAUUCGAGCACAUCUUGUGAGAAAAAGUUCCACGAGAUCAUAGUCAAAGUAAUGCUCGACGGAGCCGGUGAUACGACGUUGUUUGCAGGCCACUCACUCGUCGACGCGUCUAUCUACCCCACACAAACUUGGCAUGGCGCGAGCAAUUACGAGAAAGGUGUCGUCUCAAAAGAAAGUCCCAGUGUCCUGGAGCUCGUGUUACUUGGCUACGACAAGAAGACCCCCGACGCUAGGGAUAUCGUCGACGAUACCGCGCAAUGCUCGGAACCCCAUGACGACUGUGAAGCACCGUACGAAAUCCCCGAAAUGACUUCCACUCUCAUCCGGGGCCGACUCGCCAAUCACGCCACAGAGAUCUGCCGACGCCAGCAUCGGACACAUCUCUAUAUGGUCUACGUUUUCCACCCGUUCAUAAGGUUCAUUCGCUGGGACAGAGCAGGCGCUAUCAUUAGCCAGCGCGUGAACUACAUCGAAGACUGUACCCCACUUGUACACUUCCUUUCACUCUUCGGCCGACUGGAUCGAGCCGGAAAGGGAUUCGACCCCACAGUACAAGUAGCUCCCGAAACUGAAGCUGGAGAAGCGAAGAAGUAUCUUGAACGAUGGGCACCAAGAACGGACCAACCGGUAUUCAAGAUGGACGUACCCUCCGCGAAGGGCCACAGGACGCGUAAAUUCCUCGUUUGGGGUGCGAUAGCCGACCCAGAAUCACCAUUUGGGCGCGCAACUCGCGGAUACCCUGGGGUCGAAGUCAUCGAUGGAGUCGUUUCUUCGACGCCAAUGUUUCUCAAGGAGCAGUGGCGAGAUGUCGCUUCAAGACUCGAGACGGUGACACUGCAAGAACUCAACGACAAGGGCGUGAAGCAUGUCCCUACGUUGGUAUGCGGAGGUGACCUUCCUGGGCAAGAGACGAAGACACACGAGGUCAACGAUAGUAGUUGGAGAAUAGGUCAUAAACGCAUCCUCAAGAGGAUUCACUCCAGAUUCGUCGUCGCUGAGGUUGGUUCACCUCUUGAACAAUUCCCGUCUUCGAAAACUCCUGUAGGGCACAAACAAGCCUACGAGAAGUGCGGAAUUCUGCACGGCGACGUCAGUGGGGGAAAUAUAUUGAUAUUAGACAACAACGAAGGACUUUUGAAUGAUUGGGACCUUGCGCGUAAGGAAGCGGAGGACGAUGGUGGACAUCAGGUCUCUGAGAGAACGGGUACAUGGCAAUUCAUGUCUUUCGGACUCCUCCGAGAUCCCCACAAACGACAUACGGCACGCGAUGACCUUGAGUCAUUCUUCUGGGUUGUCCUGUAUUACGGGCUUCACUACAUGUCGCACUCGCUCGCCAAGGCAAUACAGGGGGUGCUGGUAGAUAUAUUCGACAAGUUCAGCUUCACCCACCCAGACGGUAUUGCUCGAGGAGGCAUCGCAAAAGUGGCACUUGUCACCAGUAACGUCUACAUUGGUCGGCGAUCACGCCCUGAACUUGUAUUCACUCGCUGUCCACCUCUCACGGACUUCAUCUUUCGGGCUGUCUCCAUCCUCAGGCAAUGGCACGGCCGCUACGACCCUACUAUAAAUGGUCCGACUCCUGAUGACGAUGAAGAAUAUAUCCCUGCUACGCAUGCGGAUAUGGAGAAGACAUGGGAUCAGGCACUACAUUCUUCGUUGUGGCCAGAGGGCGACCAUGCUAUUGACCAAAUCAGACGCACCAAGACAUAUGAUUUCAUCGCUCGUAGAGAACGACCAGAAUGGACCGAUUUGAAGCGCUCUCGACUUCGCGAACUCAUUGACAAUGAAGAUGAGGAUGGAUUUCCCAGAAAGAAGAGGCGAAAGACUUGUCAUGGCUCUGAGGCAGCGCAUCUUUAA